AACAUCUCCACCUCGUGGACAAAGCCCCAAGUGCGUAUAAUCAAUUUGACAGUUCCCAGUUACAGUCGUUGAUAUCGCAAGAAAUUGAGAAUGUCGGUAGCAGAUAAACUGCAACUUGGCCCAAGGGAUGGUGUAACUUAUCCAAUUCAAGUUGUUUAUUGCGGGAAUUGUUCUAUGCCCAUAGAGUACUGCGAAUAUUAUCCAGAAUAUGAUAAAUGUAAGCAAUGGCUAGAAAGAUAUUUACCAUCAGAAUUUGAAAAAGUUAAAAUUGGAGAUGACAAUCCAGUGGAAGAGGAAAAGAAAAGGCAAAAACGAGGUGGAAAAGGAAUGAUUAAAACAAAGAAAAAGGAGGAUGUUCCGAAACAAGUUUGUGUUUCUAGGGCUCCAAGGGGCAAAAAGAAGUCAGUCACCGUAGUUACUGGAUUAAGUAGUUUUGAUAUUGACUUGAAGGUAGCUGCAAAAUUUUUUGGUACUAGAUUUGCCUGUGGAUCGUCUGUAACAGGUGACGAUGAAAUUGUUAUACAAGGAGACGUGAAAGACGAUUUAUUUGACAUUAUACCAGAAAAGUGGCCAGAGAUUGACGAAGACUUCAUUGAAGAUUUAGGAGAUCAAAAGAGAUAAUGUGCUAAUCAUACUGUACUUGUAAGUUAUAACUUAGGAAGAUUGUACAGUGGGAAAAUGUUCUUAUCUGCAGAUAUCGACUUUAGUUGACAUUCAUAAUAAUUUAAUGAAGCAUGUAACUGGAAAAAAAAUAUAUUCCAUGCAAGACUUGGUAUAAUGUACAUUACAUAAGCUUUGAAAUA